AUGUCGGUGGUCAGACAGUGGAGCAGUUCUGAAAGAAGGAAAGAGAAAUCAAGGGAUGCAGCAAGGUGUAGAAGAAGCAAAGAAACUGAAGUAUUCUAUGAGUUGGCCCAUGAGCUACCAUUGCCUCACAACAUUAGCUCACAUCUGGACAAAGCAUCUAUUAUGAGGCUUGCAAUCAGUUUCCUACGGACACACAAGCUGUUAUCUUCAGUCUCCACCCACAAUGAGAGAGAAAUUGAAACAGAUCAGCAGCUGGAUAACUUGUACCUGAAAGCUUUAGAGGGCUUUAUCACUGUCAUCACACAGGAUGGAGACAUGAUCUUUUUGUCUGAAAAUAUCAGCAAAUAUAUGGGUUUGACACAGGUGGAAUUGACUGGCCACAGCAUUUUUGAUUUCACUCACCCUUGUGAUCAUGAAGAAAUUCGGGAAAAUCUAAGUUUGAAAAACGGUCCAGGUUGUGGGAAAAAAAAUAAAGAGAUGUCCCUGGAACGUGACUUCUUCAUGAGAAUGAAAUGCACUGUUACCAACAGGGGCAGAACUGUAAAUCUCAAAUCUGCCACAUGGAAGGUUUUGCACUGCACAGGACAAAUUAAGGUCUAUAAUACCUGUCCUCCUCAUGCUCUGUGUGGUUUUAAGGAGCCACUCUUAUCCUGCCUUAUACUGAUGUGUGAGCCCAUUCAGCAUCCUUCCAAUACUGAUAUUCCAUUGGACAGCAAGACUUUCCUGAGCCGUCAUAGCAUGGACAUGAAAUUUACUUACUGUGAUGACAGGAUAACUGAAUUAGUUGGAUAUCACCCUGAGGAACUGCUGGGCCGUUCUGCGUAUGAAUUCUAUCAUGCACUGGAUUCUGAGAAUAUGACCAAAAGUCAUCAAAACUUGUGUGGGAAAGGUCAAGUGGUUACAGGGCAGUAUCGCAUGCUUGCCAAGCAUGGCGGCUACGUGUGGCUUGAGACCCAAGGAACAGUCAUCUACAAUACUCGGAACUUGCAGCCUCAGUGCAUAAUUUGCGUUAACUAUGUUCUAAGUGAAAUAGAGAACAAUGAAAUUGUAUUCUCCAUGGAUCAGACAGAAUCACUUUUUAAGCCUCAUAUGAUGGCCAUGAACUCUAUAUAUGACCAUGGAAUUUCAGUGGCUGAUAAGAGUGACUUCUUAUUUACCAAGCUGAAGGAAGAACCAGAAGAACUUGCCCAGUUGGCACCCACACCAGGCGAUGCAAUUAUUUCUCUUGACUUUGGAACGCAAAAGUUUGAGGAAAUCCCUACCUACAACAAAGCUGCAAUGACUCCAAACACUCAGUGGGUUACAGAAGGGAAGAACCAGGCAUCACAGACUGAAAAGCUGAGUGUACCAUCAUUUACCUUGCCUCAAGUUGCACCUGGCAGCAGUACCCCCAGUGCAAGCAGCAACAGCAGCUGUUCCACCCCAAGUAGCCCAGGAGAUUAUUACACUUCUUUAGAUGAAGACCUGAAGAUAGAGAUGAUUGAGAAACUUUUUGCCAUGGACACAGAUGCCAAGAAUCAAUGCGGUUCACAGAGUGACUUUAAUGAACUGGAUCUUGAAACUUUGGCUCCUUAUAUUCCCAUGGAUGGAGAAGAUUUCCAGCUGAGCCCUAUCUGUCAAGAGGAGCGUCCUCUGUGUGAAAAUGUCCAGCUUCCUCAGCACAGCUUAAGCAACAUGAACAGUCUUUUCCAACCACUUUCUCCUUCUUCCCAAAGCGAGUUCCUCCUAGAGAAAUAUUGCCAGCCAGUAUCUGACAAAAACAUGCCAGCAGGCCAAGGGACUCUUCCACUGGCAUACUUCAACCAUGGAAGUCAAUCAUCCUCAUUCUUGCUGCCCUACUAUGCACAAGCCAACACUCCACUGUCUUCAAUGGGUGGGAGACCAAAUACACAGUGGCCACCUGACCCACCAUUACAGUAUGUGCCAACAAAAUGGAGAGGAAUCAGCAAUAAGUCUUUAAUAAGCUCUGCAUCAGACCCUCCAUCACUGCAUUUGCCCAACAUAAGCACAGAUAAGAAAAGAUCACUGGAAAGUUUUGGACAGCGUGGCAUAGAUAUAAAUCCAGCCCGAAUAGCUCUUGCCAACAGUCUGAAGUUGAAGCGGCAGUUAAAUUAUGAGGACCAAACAUUUCAACAUCUGAAUGGGACACAAGAUGACAUAUCUGGCCUUAAUCCAACCCACUUAAUGUUGAAAAGAAUGAAAAUUCUCAGAAGUGAAAACUGUGCAUUGCUUUCAGAAAAGAAGUCACUCAGCACAAGUGUCCUUAAUGAUAAGUUCCUUUGUAACCUACAAAGAUGCCCAGGCCAGCCAGUGCAUGUGAUGCAGCAACAACAGCAGCAAGAUCUACCACUGUCCUCUGGCAACUCUGCAAAUAAUCCCAAAGCUGUGUACUCUCUGCCUUUUUACAAAACCCCUUAUCAGGACUUCAGUGUAUCACAAGCUCAUAGGAUGUCAGGAGUUGCAAGUCGUCUGCUCGGGCCUUCUUUUGAACCUUAUUUGUUGCCAGAAUUGACCCGAUAUGACUGUGAGGUUAACGUCCCGGUGAUGGGCAGUUCGACGCUUCUGCAGGGAGGUGACUUGCUUCAAGCUCUUGACCAAGCCACUUGAGCAAAUCUGGGUGCCCCACCCCCAC